GUUCAGUAGUAGAAGUGCCUCUCUAAAGGGAAGGAUUAUCUGUCCAACUCACAGGCUCUCACCACGUAUGCUUGCUUCCUGCCACCACAGCCAGCUGUUCGGACCGAUUCUUACAUUCUUUCUCCACUCGCUUCCUUGUCCACUCCAAUUUUUGUCCUCUUCCUUGCAGUUGUGGGUUUUUGUUUAUUCUUAAUUUUUUUUUUUUUUGAUAGCCGAGUGAUGUGUUGUUCAGUGGGCUUCGCCAGGUCUUUGGGUCUGGCUCUAUUACCUCUGGCCCUCUGUUGUAUCCUGGCCAAUCUGCUCCUCUUGUUUCCUAUGGGAGAAAUGACAUACAUCGAGCAAGGGCGACUGGCCAGCUACAUCUGGUACUUUGGUGGACUGGGUGGUGGAGGACUGCUGAUGCUCGUUCCUGCUGUAACCUUCAUCACUUUGGGAAAAUGGAGUUGCUGCUGGAACCAGAGCCUGAUGAUGUGUGGGUCAGUGUUGGCAGCCGUGGUGGGCCUGGUCGGGGCAAGCUAUUGCUUCGUCGUUUCAGGUCUCGCCUUGAUGCAGGGUCCACUGUGCUUCACUUCUCUCGGGUGGUCGUACCCCUUCGCAGAUCAAGGAGGAAGGUAUCUGCUGCAGUCAGCGACGUGGUCUCAGUGCCUACAGCCGCUCCACAUUGUCGAGUGGAACGUGACUCUUCUGUGUGUGCUUUUGGGACUUGCUGUGCUAGAGUUCAUCCUGUGCUUCUUACAACUGGCCAGCGGUGUAGUUAAUGCCAUCUGUCGGCCUUGUUGCUAUAAGCAGGAGUAUAAUUUGAAUGCUUAGACACUGGCACAACAUUUACGUAAAUAAAUAAAUAUACACUUGCAAGUUGUACACACUGAAGGCCAAAUGUCCACACAGUUGUCUACGGUGCAGCUUCAUUAUUGCAUUCAUUUUAAAGCACCUCACAGAAUCAUCACUGAGAUUACACAAUACAUAUUUGCCUUCCAUGUUAUCCAUGAAAUGUAAAAUUGAUAAAGGACUCAGAGGAUGACAGUUUGAGGUAUUGGGUUGGUUUAAAGUCUACCAACGCUCAUACUUUGUGAAAAGGUGAAAUAACGUAGCACUCUGAGACGUCGAUUAAGAAGUCGACUCUGUGUCCUACUUCUCUCUGUUAUUUUAAUCGUAUCAUUCAUUUUUCUAAUCUCUUAAUUUGGAGAGUUUCAUCGGAACUGAUGGGAGAAAAUGAACACAAUUCAAACAUCAAACUCUUAUUAGUUCAUGAAUAAACUUAAGAUGCCGUUUACAUGUUUUUGAAAGGCUGUCAUGUAUUUGUCAGUUUGACUUCAAUGCGCCUACUUUUGGACAAGAUUAAUUAUGAUGUGGCAGGAGGUAUUUGAUCUAUUCAAUAUUGUAGUGUUAGUUCACUACCACAAAAUGUGUGUUUGUUGUUUGUACAAUGGUUAUAUUUUUGAAGUAUUUUGAUGUGCCUAUAUCUUUGGCUGUUUGGCUCUUAAAUUCAAAUUAAAUGCUAUCUAUCUAUCG